CCUUUGAAGGUAGCCAGACUGAGGUCAGCCUUGGCCCUGCUGGUGACUAGCUGUGUGCCUCUGAGUAAGCUGGAGGCUUUGUAGGUCCUUCGGUUUCCUCAUCUGUAAGGCAGCAUAAAUUCAGCUCACGGGCUCUUUGCAAGGGUUAAUUCCUUAAAGAUGUGUCAGGCGGGGCCUCUGCCCUCACGGAGCUUGCAGCCUGGUGGGCUGAGACGAUGUGACAGGGGAGCUCUGCCUGGUUCCUGACACUGGCCAGGACUGCAGGUCUGGGAACGACGGGGACAGGAUGGGGGUGAGGGCGAGGCAGGGCAACCUAGUGAGCUGGCUGAGCCAGGCGGUGCGCGUGCGCACAAUAUUCAGACAAGCCUUUUGAGGGGACUCCGUUUUACGGAAUGUGCUUCUUGUCACUGCCAUUGUAGUUCCUAACCCGGGGGAGGGCACGAACAGACCGCGGGCACGUCUCGGUGGCUGCGGACAUUACCCCAACGCCAGGCUCAGCGGGCUCAAGCCGACGUUUGCAGCCUUCGGACGGCGCAUGUGCAAGCGCCUCACCCCACCCUCCGCUUCUCAGUCGCGGAUUGGUGGGCGUAGGUCACGUGGGUACACCUCGCCCCCUUUCUCGGGGCAGGGGGCCCGCCCGCUGGCUUGUUUCCGGUUCGGUGGGUAGAAGAUGACGGAGUCGGGCGCCUCUCCCGAGGACCCCUGGGUCAAGGCAAGCCCCGUGGGCGCGCACGCCGGCGGGGGGAGGGAGGGUCGGGCUCGUGCACGUAGGGGGUCCGGAAGACUAGGGGCUUCCCUCCGGUCCCUAAAGUUUCCCCCGCUCUCCGGGCCCCGGGGCUGCAGAGAAGACAGCUUUCUCCCCUCCUGUGCCAAGGUGGAGUAUGCCUACAGCGACAACAGCCUGGACCCCGGGCUUUUUGUAGAAAGCACCCGCAAGGGGAGUGUAGUGUCCAGAGCUAAUAGCAUCGGUUCUACCAGUGCCUCUUCUGUCCCCAACACAGAUGACGAGGACAGUGAUUACCACCAGGAGUCCUACAAGGAGUCCUACAAGGAUCGGCGGCGGCGAGCACACACUCAGGCCGAGCAGAAGAGGAGGGACGCCAUUAAGAGAGGCUAUGAUGACCUUCAGACCAUUGUCCCCACCUGCCAGCAGCAGGACUUCUCCAUUGGCUCCCAAAAGCUCAGCAAAGCCAUUGUUCUACAAAAGACCAUUGACUACAUCCAGUUUUUGCAUAAGGAAAAGAAAAAGCAGGAGGAAGAGGUGACCACGCUACGCAAGGACGUCACGGCCCUAAAGAUCAUGAAAGUGAACUAUGAGCAGAUUGUCAAGGCACACCAGGACAACCCCCAUGAGGGGGAGGACCAGGUCUCCGACCAGGUCAAGUUCAACGUGUUUCAAGGCAUCAUGGACUCUCUGUUCCAGUCCUUCAAUGCCUCCAUCUCCGUGGCCAGCUUCCAGGAGCUGUCGGCCUGUGUCUUCAGCUGGAUUGAGGAGCACUGUAAGCCACAGACCCUACGGGAGAUCGUGAUCGGAGUCCUGCACCAGUUGAAAAACCAGCUUUACUGACUGGCUCGUGGAUACCUGCGUAACAGCCAGCAAGAGGCCUUGAGUCUCUAUUUGGCCAUGGAGCUGCUGGGCCCAUGAGCUUGGACUGCAACACCUCACACUGGUCAGCUGGUUUCUGCUGGGUGUUUGGUUUUCCUAGCCCCACUUCAUUGUCAGUGGGGCUGGGGUGUGUUUUGUGAAAGCUUCUGAUUAAUUUAUUAUUUUGACCAUAAAACUCAAACCUGCCCAGUCUUUCUUCUCCCUUUGGAAGUCCUCAGGAUCAGAGUCUGCUUCGGGCACCCCAAAGAGAUCCUGGCCUCUUAGCCUUCUCUCUAAGCCGCAGACUUCUGCUCUUGAUCUACAUAUAUUUGGAAACUGUUUGCCUCUGUUUUGGUCUCUUGGGCAACAUUUGGCCAUCUUGGCAGGAAAAAAAGGAGUAAGAAGAAAUACUCCCACAGCCAUGAAAAGUGAAAGGGCCACCUCAUGCCUAGACUAGGGCUGCCCAGUCAGUCCAAGGUGAGGCCAGGGCUUUCUGGCUAGCUUAGAGCAGGGCUACCAGUUUCUUCCCCUGCCCUGGGAGGUAGGGAAGCAGCGCUACCUCCUCCUGCACUCUUGGUUCCCACAGGCUGUUGUGCUGCAUGGUAAAGGCAGGUGUGACACAGCAUUACAUAUUUGCAAAUUUUUUAUUUUUCUAAACACCAACAAUGCAACUUUGUUAAAACUAUAAUUUUGGAAAAUUAACUGGGCCUCUAUCAUCUCUCAGUGUUGCCUGUAUUUCUCCCAGGACUUGGGGUAUGGAGGAUACUCAAAUGGUCUCCUGGGUUACAAGCCCAAGAGAGUCCUGGGUGAACCCUGGGCUCCUCAAAAUGCUGGUGUAUAGCAGCUUCUCUGUACCCUCAUCCCUCAGGUUCCUUUCUGCCUGCCUCAGGUUUGAUAUCUGAGAGGUUUGACUAUCCAGAGGAAAUUAAAUAUUUUUAUAUCAAAUUAUAUUACAAUAAAUAAUGCCAAAUGCUUUCCUUUG